AUGGAUGAAAAACCGCGUACUUUGGAGGUCGAAAGCGAGGAUGAGCGGCAACAGAGGAUACAGAGCACGCUGGAGAAGUUGAACACUCCUUCGAAAAGCCAUCCAUCUGGCAGCAAACCCGGGUUUCCCUUCGGCGACGCACAACCGGAUUCACAGCCGGGAUCCACUUCUCAACUUUUGGAGCGUGUGCAGGCGUUCCUCCCUCAGUUAGCGGAAUCUAAUGCGGAACUGCUUCGUCGAGCCCAGAACGAGCCGAGCAGUGCAGACAUUGAACAUUUCAAUGGCGACGAAGAGCAAUACAUCGAGAUGAACCUCGGCCUCGGAGUUUUCGAACAACGUCGGCAGGGCGGGCAGGAAGACGAUGACGAGGAAACGACAUCCUCCGAAUCCAGUACGGAUUCAACCUCAGAGUCUCAAUCGGACAGCAGCGCUAGCUCAGAAGACGAAUCGUCGGAGGCGGACAGCGAUUCUGCUCCUGCGCCCGCGGACCUCAUCGGGGAGCUCUUCUCUACUCGACCGACGCGAUCGCUCCCAAAACGUGCACGACCGCAGAUUGUUAUGUUGGACGACUCGCGAGCUUCUUGCGGCCCGUGA